UACCAACAGCAUCUCUCACAAUUCAAUCAAAACACCACUUUAUAUUCUCCCUCAAAUCUUCAUUUCCAUAUUUACUUUCUCUCUCCACUUUAUCCUCCUACAUCCUCUCUCUGUAGAGCUAAAGAAAAUGGGUACAUUGUCAAAAAAAGCUACUUGCAACACUCAUGGCCAAGAUUCUUCCUAUUUUUUGGGUUGGGAAGAAUACGAGAAGAACCCUUACGACGAGUUCAAGAACCCAGAUGGCAUUAUCCAAAUGGGUCUCGCAGAAAAUCAGUUAUCUUUCGACCUUAUUGAGUCAUGGCUUGCCAAAAACCCGGAGGCAGCAAAUUUCGAAAGAGAAGGCCAAUCUAUUUUUCGGGAACUAGCUCUUUUCCAAGAUUAUCAUGGCCUUCCUUCAUUCAAGAAUGCUAUGGCGGAUUUCAUGUCGGAAAAUAGAGGAAACCGAGUUUGUUUUGAUCCGAGAAAGCUAGUCCUCACCGCGGGUGCUACUUCGGCUAACGAAACUCUUAUGUUCUGUCUCGCUGAUCCAGGAGAUGCUUUCUUGCUCCCUACUCCAUAUUAUCCAGGAUUUGAUAGGGAUUUGAAAUGGCGAACCGGAGUUGAGAUUGUACCAAUCCAAUGCACAAGUGCAAACGGAUUCCGCAUCACCAAAUCCGCACUUGAAGAAGCCUACAAACAAGCUCUAAAGCUUAACCUAAAAGUUAAAGGAGUCCUCAUAACCAACCCAUCUAACCCGUUGGGUACUACGAUAACCCGAACCGAACUAAACCGUCUCUUAGACUUCGUGUCACGUAAGAAUUUACAUUUGAUAAGCGAUGAGAUCUAUUCGGGUACCGUUUUCACUUCUCCUAGUUUCAUCAGCGUAAUGGAAGUCCUCAAAGAAAAAAAACUCGAAAACUCUGAUGUUUCUAAACGUGUCCACAUCGUUUACAGUUUGUCUAAAGAUCUAGGCCUACCUGGUUUUCGCGUUGGAGUUAUUUACUCCAACGAUAUUGUUGUGUCUGCAGCAACAAAAAUGUCUAGUUUUGGUCUUAUAUCUUCUCAAACGCAAUACCUCUUAUCAGCAUUGUUAUCCGACAAAAACUUCACUAAGAACUACCUCAAAGAGAACCAAACCCGACUUAAAAAUCGACACAAUAAGCUCGUAUCGGGUCUAGAGGAUGUAGGCAUCGAGUGUCUUAGAAGCAACGCUGGACUCUUCUGUUGGGUCGACAUGAGACACCUAUUGAGUUCUAACACGUUUGAAGCCGAGAUUGAGCUAUGGAAGAAGAUCGUGUACGAGGUUAAGCUCAAUGUCUCUCCCGGCUCUUCGUGCCAUUGUAACGAACCGGGUUGGUUUAGGGUUUGUUUCGCGAAUAUGAGCGAGGAAACACUAAAUGUUGCUUUGAAUAGAUUGAAGAUGUUCAUUGAUGGACCGUCGUCUACUACAAGAAGUCAAAGUGAACAUCAAAGACUAAAGAGUUUAAGAAAGAUGAGAGUCUCUAAUUGGGUUUUCCGGCUAUCGUUUCAGGACCGAGAACCCGAGGAACGAUAGUCUGGUUUUUUAUUUAUAAUAAAGUGUUAUAAAUAUGAUUGUUUGUCAUUAUUUUUUUUGUGAUUGUUCAUCAAAUGUAUUUUUACCAGAAUUCUAUAUUUUGGUGUAGUUUCUAGAGUAAGAAAUCACGCAGUGCAGUUUUUUGUAUAAUUUACUUUCACAUAUAAUGAGAUUUGAAGGAAAG